UGGGCUAUAGUAGUGUUUGCUAUAAUGGAGUUUUAUUGUACCGUGAGUGGGUUGAUUUUAAAUGGAGAUAGUGGGAUAGGUGGUCAAGAUCACUCUCUCUACGGAUUCCUUCUUAUCUCUCUUUCUCUCUUUUUCUCUCUUUCUCUGUGUCUGAGCAAAAACUAAAAAACCCUCUGGUUUUUUAUGAGUAUAUCAACAGGUACUACUACCCAUAAUUUAUGAGUAUAUCAAGGGAUUGGGUUACUAUAUGAAGAUAUUCAAUCAAAGCAGCAAGGCUCCAUAUCAAGUGCGUACUUGGUAAAAUUUUGAAGAUACGAUAGUGCAAAUGAUGAUGAGUUGUAAUCACUAAGUAGGGUCGGCUUUUGCAUUUGACAACACUGUACUAACCAAAAUGGUAGAGAGUGGCAUGUAUGCAAUGAGACCAGAAAUUGAAAUUUCGGGCUUUUCAUCAUCCCACCAAACUGAAGAAGAGCAGCUUGAUUUCCUCGAAAUUAAUCUACCUAAUUAUGAUCCUGGAUUGCCAGUUUGUCCCUUCUGCUCACUGCCUGUCUUUCCUAGCACUCUUGCGGAGCUAAACGAUUUCAAGGAAGAGAUCCCUGCCAUAUUUUUAAAAUACGAGUUGCCUCCACGCAAUUCAUCUGAGACAGAUGAAGAAUGGAGUUUCUUAGAUUUCUUGGAGAAAAUUCCGCCUGCCAAAGUUACAUGGGAAUUCGAUAAUAUGAAUAAAGUACUCCACUUUGGGCAAUAUUUUCGAAAAAUAUUUAUGGGUAUUGCGGACAUUCUGUACUCAUAUCAUAAGAGUAAUUUAUUUUCCGGUGAUGUCAUUGGUCGAAUGAGGAUUCAUAAUGACCUACGCAUUACCCACCCCUAUACACCCGCCAACACCAGUCAUAACGAUUAUUUAGAUGGGAGAUCAAGAAAAAUGAAAAAAGAUUUAGAUGGGAGAAAAGUAGAUAUCAUUCACUUCCGGUGGCUUGUUGCAAAGGUUGUGAGAAAAUUCUGUGGAGAAGAUUAUGAAUCGCACUUAUCUAAGUAUUUCAAGCUUUGUUUUUCGGAAUUAUUUCUUCACUCGGAUGGGUUGGAACGCUACUACAUGUUUCAAUAUUAUCAUCCUGUGUUCUACAAUGAUGGGGAUAAAUACAAGUUGGUCCAUGUGUUGGCUGAUCUUCGAAAACGAGACGUACGGUACUUUACACAAUAUUUUGGGCUUCAUGAUCCUGAGUACGGCUAUCAUUGUUGGUGGUCAUCACUUGCAAAAGAAAAUCACGAAUCAAUGCUUGGUGGUGUAUAUUUAUACAAAGAUAAUAAGAUUGCCGCGUAUGACAAUAAUUCAAACAGUCUACCGAUUUUUCUCCGGAACUGUCACGAGCACUUUACAGAGGGUACUGAGACGAAAAACAAGAAGAAUGUAAAACUCAACAGACAGAUUGAAGAGGAGAACAAAAAGGUGCGAAAAAAAAUGAGUUACUGUGGUCAACAACGCAAGUUAGAGCUAGAGCUUGAGUUGACUACACCAAAACAAAAUAUUCUACCGGAUCAAUUGCCGUUCCACUGUGAACUUGAACCCAAGAUAACCGAAAGGUUUCCAGGUAUCUACGCAUGUAUGAUUGACUCGUGCAUUCGAGGAUUUAAUGAUAAUGGGGAAAGGCGUUUUGGUUGCACGUUAGCCCAAUUGCUGUUUGAUAAGAGCCCAUUUGGUUGUCAGCAGCAACAACAGGUGGGGUAUAUCGGUGCCGCUACUUCGCAGACUGAGAUCGCUCCUUAAAGAGAGAAAUGUAGGGAGAAAGGUGAUUUUUUCUGCAUAUCAUAAUGUGUGAUGAUGAAACUUGCAAAUUCACCAUGCUCAGGAACAGUUGGCACGCCUGAAGUUGCUCUAGCCAAUAACUAAAAAAGAUAAGUUAGAAUAGAAUUUGCAUUUUGCUAAAUAAUGCAAUACUCACUAUUUAUCCUACAAAGAGUUGUGUAUAAAUACAAAUUAUAAUGCUCAUCUUAGUUACUGCACAAUGUUUUAGAAGCCGUGAGUAUGGGACUAAGCUAUGGGCUGGUGCAAAUGAGAUGUGUAGAAGCUCCCAAAUUUUGCAGGGAUGCUGGAUUCCAAAAACUAGUGCUGUAAUGCUCCAAUAGGGAAUCGUAUAUUCCUCAUGUGAAUCUAAGUUAGCAUUUGUUAUUGCAGAAAUUCAACUGCUGUCGAUGGCUUUUAAUGGUUGAUAACAUUCUAAUUCUCUAAUGCAACUAGUUGUGUUUGAUUGUGUGAGCUACUUAAUAUUGGUUUUUUGGUAUUAUGAAUCAUUACUUAAUAAUUAGAACGGCUGUUGUGAAGAUUAAUACACCAUUUUUAUUCUAUUCUAAAUGCUAAUAUGAUGUUUUAAAUGUUUGUAGUGGAGAACGUCAUGCUACCAUUGAUAUAUCGAUAUAAUCUCCAUUCAAAAAUCGGGAAGCCGGGGAAGUUCACAAGACAAGCCAAAAUUAUUAUUACAUGAGACUUACCUACAUUUGUUCUCUUUGUAAUAAUUUUGACUUGGGGCCAAUUGAAAGUUAUGUAGUACUAAUUUUAAAUACUUAAACUCUGAAAGGUAGUUUUAACAGUCUUGUAAUGAAUUAGGACCUAAUUCUAAUUCAAUUUCUUGAAGGCAUUUGGUGGAACUUUUUGAUUAUUUUUGAAAUGAUCUUUGGAAAAUUUGUAAACAAAAUUGCUAUUUAGCUGCACCA